UUUAUUAAAUAAACAAACUAUCCGACUUCCAACUUUUUCCAAUCAUAUUGGGCGAAAUGUGUCCCUCACUUUAGCACAUUUUUCACAACUUCAAGACAUUCCGGUCUCAAAGUCAGUAAAAAUUCAAAAACCAGCUUCCAACUUAUAAAUUGAGGUUGAUUUCCUGCGAGUCCCAGUCUCCAACAGGAUGAAACAUUUAGUGGUUGCUUUUGCUACAGUUUCGUGCAUUUGUGCAUUGUCGCAUCCCGAUUACAUCAAACCGUGCCACAUCAAAAAGCCCGAUUUUAAUAAAUGUGCGUUGGAACACGGCAAUUAUGCCAUUCCAUAUCUGGUCAAAGGCGAUAAACAACGGGGGGUUCCCAAGAUGAAUCCGAUGAAGCUGCCUUUAGUCGAAGUGGUUGAAAGCAAUUUUAGGCUAGCAAUGAAAGAUUUGAGUGUUUACGGGUUGGAAAACUCAAGUCUGACUGAUAUUAAAAUGAACCAAACCUAUCUUGAUCUCACGUUCCACGCCGAUAGACUAAUGUUUAUCGGACAGUACGAAGUUGAUGGGAAAAUUUUAUUUCUGUCCCUACAAGGCUCAGGGCCUUGUAAUUUAACCUCCGUUGGAGGUAAUUUUAGAUUUGUUAGCGUUCUACAGGAAUAUACUGAAGGGAAAGAGACUUUUGUUAAAUUUAACAAGCCCACCAUGGACUACACUCUCGAGAGAGCAUAUUUUUACCUAGAGAAUCUCCUUGAUAGUGGGGACCAGCAAAUUGGCAUUGACAUUAAUAGAAUAUUGAAUGAGAAUUGGGAAGACGUUCUCAAAGACAUAGACGUUCCCCUGAAGGAGACCGUGACGACGGUGGUCGAGUCCGUCGUUUCAAAAAUCCUCAGAAACAUUCCAGCGAAAAACAUAUUUCCUGAUUAAUUAGCAAUCUGUUCACCAAUCAUUGUCAAUAAUUAUCAUUAAAUGUUCUCAUUUGCAACACUGGUUUUUGUUCGAGACGAUCUUAGGACCGUUUGAGUGGAAAAUUAUACAACGGUUUUCAGUGACUCGUCAAGGUUUUUAAUUACACGUGCUGAUUAGCUUCAGAAAUUAAUAACAUCUGUUUCUUAUGCAAAACCAUCCAAAAAACAAAUCACGAAACCUGAAACAAAAGUUUGAAGGUCGUUAUGGUCUCAUCGUAUUAUUAUUGUUUCAGAUUUGGGAUUUUUCCAAACAAAUGCGAUUUUAUGCUUAGAAAAAGUCCGUGAUUUAUUUAGACACUGAUUCGCAAAAAAUUGGAAACCAAUCGACUCUAACACUAGUGAAUAGCGCGUAAAACAAUAAACGUGAAUAGAGAUGAAAUCAGUAAAGCGUAAAAAACGCUUUAAAUAAAUUAAGUGGUCUACACUCUUAAUGAUUUGAUUGUUCUUCAAAACACAAUGUUUAAUUUAACCUUAGUAACGUGUUCCGGUAUAAAAAAAUAAAACUGGCGUUCGAAGCAAGUAUAAAAGAGUCAUUUUUAUUUCGCCAGGCUUAGUUCUUAAUGGUUCGCAGGAUGAAAUAUCAGGUUUUGGUUUUAGUGGUCGCGCUUUUUUGCACACCUGUGGUGCCGCAGUCGCCUCAAACUAGACCGAGUUAUAUCAAAUCCUGUGAUGAGAAAAACCCCAAUUUCAAAACCUGUGCUUUGGAAAAUGCCAAUUACGCGAUUCCUUUCAUAGUCAAAGGUAAU